AUGUCUCUAACCAUUGCCCCUGUUAAAUGCGAGGACAAGAUAGAUGAGCAACAUCAUAAAUCAGCAUGGUUUCAAUUCAUGAAGUCUGUCGCAACAUUUAGGGGGGAUCUCACGUCAUUGACCGCGCCGCCUUUCCUGCUUGCUCCUCGGUCUAUAGUCGAAUACAGCGCGUACUGGGCUGAGCACCCACGUCUUCUUGUAUCUCCCGCAAAAGAAGAGUGUCCUAAAAGAAGGGCCCUAUUGGUUCUUCAGUGGUUUCUAAGCACUCUGAAGCAUCAGCAUGCAAGCAAGGACGAAAACGGCAAAAGAAAAAAGCUGAAGCCCUUGAACCCAUUUUUAGGGGAAAUAUUUUUAGGCAAGUGGUUAGACGACGCUGGAACAACCCAUCUAGUCACCGAGCAAGUCAGCCAUCACCCUCCAGCAACUGCGUUUCGAAUCUGGAACGAUGCACAUGGCGUUAGGCUUGAGGGCCAUGUCUCACCGAAAGCCUACUUUUCGUCUACGAUAAAUAUAGAACGACAAGGAUAUAGUGUCUUACACAUCGAUAAGUACAACGAAGACCAUUGGAUCACGAUGCCAAAAGUUCAUGUCGAAGGGAUUGUCACUUUCCAGAUAGCCCCAGAGCUCAGUGGCGUCUCUUACAUCCGUAGUUCCUCGGGCUACACGACACGUGUCAACUAUUCUUCUAAAGGCUGGAUAAAAGGCAAAAGCAACUCGUUUAUCGCCACUAUAUACCCGGAUAAUGAUGAAAGCAAACCCCUAUUCAUCGUAGAGGGCCGAUGGAGCGAUUCAUAUACCAUCAAAGACGGCAAGGGGAAGGUGCUAGAAGCUGUUGAUCUAACCUCGCUACGGAGGACACCACUUCAGGUCGACCCAGUCGAAUCGCAGCACCCCCUCGAAUCUAGACGAGCAUGGAAACCUGUUGUCGACGCUAUCAAUGCAAACGAUAUUUUCACGACUGGACACGAGAAGAGCAGGAUCGAGAACGCCCAGCGCGCGCUACGGAAAAUGGAAAAGGACGCAGGUGAAACAUGGACUAGGCGGUACUUCACCCAAGUCGAAGAAGAUCCUAUAGCGGAAAAGCUUUCAGUCAAGAGUAAAUCCGCACCGGCUGAUGGACCUAACCAAAUGAUCUGGAAAUUUGAUGACGAAAAGUUCAAGAGAAUAACAGAGAACCAGCAAGAUGGUAUUAAGAGCCCUAUCCGUUCUCGAUUUGAUUCUGGGGUUGGAUUCCUGGAAAUAGAAGAGGUAUAG